AUGAUCCGGUUCGUCCUGCUGCAGAACCGAGCGGGCAAGACGCGCCUCGCCAAGUACUACAUCCCUCUCGAGGACGAUGAGAAGCACAAGCUGGAGUAUGAGGUGCACCGGCUUGUGGUGGGCCGAAAUCCCACGCAGUCCACAAACUUCGCAGAAUUUCGAACGCACAAGGUGAUUUAUCGGAAAUACGCUGGACUCUUCUUCUCGAUGUGCUGCGACGUGACGGACAACGAGUUCGCCCUCUUGGAAGCAAUCCACCUGUUCGUGGAAGUGCUCGAUCACUACUUCCAAAGCGUCUGCGAGCUGGAUCUCGUCUUCAAUUUCCACAAGGUGUACCUCAUUCUUGAUGAGUUCGUGCUGGCUGGUGAGCUGCAGGAAACCAGCAAGAAAGUGAUCCUGGAAAGGUUACGAGAACUGGACAGAAUAGAGACUUGA